UGAGUUCUUCCUUUUUUGUCUUUGAUUUGGUUGCUAAUCUUCUCUGAUUACUUGCUUCCAUUAUUAUACCUUCAAGAUCUCCAAUGGCAGACCCCCGCAACUUGUCUUGCUACAACUGCGGCAGCGUUGGGCUUACAGACGGUGGCGAUGGCUUCUUCUACUGUCUCCAGUGUGGUUCCCAGGCCGACGACAUCAUCGACACCGGUGUCGCCGACGAGGAUUUGAUUUUAAGAGACCCUGGUGAUGCCGGUGGCCCAAUCUACUCGCAAUCCCACACGCGCCGUCGUAAUCCGGCGGUGUUGAAGGUAGAGCCUCUAUCUCAGUCUCAACCACAGAGCCUUUUCGGUACUAGUCAAUCUGAGUUCUGGGAGAGCCUUCAAUUAGAGGGAGACAACGAUAUUCAAAGGGAUGAUACCAUUGUGAUGUCCAAUGAUGGUGUUGGGCCGAUUGGUCCUGAGGAUUUCGGAUCGGGUGGUGCUUUAUCCGGAGCUCCGAGUUUUGAGGAGUAUGCUGAUGAAGUGAGGAUGAGAUAUGUAAUGGGAUUGCAGUUGAUGAUGGAGCUUCAGUGCGAAGUUUUGGUGAAGGAAUUCAAUGCAAGCCCUGUAAUCUGUGGAUUGGCGGCGAGCAUUUGGUUGAGGUUUGUGACUUCUACACAGGUUUUUGACGAGGAUUGGGCCUUUGAGGCCGUUCAGGAUUCUGAGAGCCAAUGCCUAGAUCCUGAAAACAUUAGACCUGUUUCAAGUAGGCAUAAAGAUGAACCCCACAAUUUGUAUGGUCAGCGGGUAGUAGUUGUGUGGGUUCAAUCUUUAAGAAAAAAGAUACCAUUAUCUUGUACACUAGCUGUUUCCUUUUUGGCUUGCCAUGUUGCUCGAGAAGCGAUUUUGCCAACGGACAUAAUGAAGUGGUCACUUGAGGGGAAACUUCCAUAUUUUGCUGCUUUUGUUGACAUUGGAGAUCGCAUUGGGAAAACGUCAAGGGCUUGUCCUAUAAGUUUAAAGCAUAUGUAUAGGCCCUCUCGAAUUCCCUCGCUGCAGAAGUUGGAAUCAUUGGCAGCAUCGGUAGCUCAUACCAUAGGGCUCAACCUACCUCCAGUCAACUUUCAUUCAAUAGCGCGUCGUUAUCUCAACAAGCUGGCCCUUCCUGUUGAUAAGAUUUUGCCUCAUGCUUGCCGCAUUUAUGAGUGGUCAAUGCCUCCUGAUUUGUGGUUAUCAACCAAUGAGCUGAGGCUUCCCUCACGUGUUUGUGUAAUGUCGAUUCUAAUUAUAGCCAUGAGAAUUCUCUAUAAUCUCCAUGGUUUUGGAGAAUGGGAGAAGAGUUUGUCCGGUAAUUGUGCUUCAUCUUUCCCACCUAACCAGAAGAGACAUUCAAGUCCUGCUAAUGAUUUCAGUAACGUGCAGGCUAAUAGUGAAAAUGGACCUGGAUUUACUUCACAUAAUGUGGAUAAUCUGUCUGUCUCGGCUAAAUACUCGCAUCUUGACAUGCCUGAACUGACUGCUUCAGAGUUCCUUCACAAGAUUGAAGCUCGGUAUCACGAUAUUGCUGAGACUUAUGAAUACUCUAAAAGCUUACCGACCUAUCUUCAGCACUGUAAGGAUGUCGUCUUUGCUGGUUUAGAGUCUUUGUUUGAGGAUCACGAGGAAGAACGGUUGAUUGAACAAUUUUGGAAGUAUUAUCAGAAUGAAAAGGAUCAAGAACAAACAGAAGAUAUGGAUCAAAAUGCAGCUUCCAAUCAAAAGAGAUUGAGGGAAGCUCCGAAUGAUCGAUCAUCCAACAAAGACAAGAAACGCAGGAGCGAAGACCGUGUUAGUGGCGAAUCAUCCGAUAACCGAACUGAGUCGAAUAAUUCGCAGCAAAGUCAUUCAUCAAAAAGUUCCGAAAAUGUAGAUGAUGAACUAUCCUCUGAAGACAAAGCUUCAACACUAACUUCCAAAGACGAAGCGAUCAGACGACUGAAACUCGAUAUGGAAGAAAAUAGAUUCUGCUACAUUCCUCCAAGGGUUUACCCAAAGAGAUUCGGUUACCUUCACUACUCGAGGAAGAUCGACGAAGGUGCGCUAACUUACGCUGCUCAUGCCGAUUACUACUUAUUGCUUCGAGCUUGUGCUAGAGCUGCACAAGUUAGUACUAGGAUCAUGCACAUUGGUGUGCUGAGUCUUGAGAAAAGAUUGUCUUGGUUAGAAUCUAGAAUCAAUCACUCCCUUCAUCUAACACCCUCUAGUGUUUCUUGUGAGUUUUGCAGUGAUGUUAUGCCUGAUCAUGCCACGCUCGACUCUAUCGAUCUCUCAGAUUUGAAUAUUUAAGUGAUCAGAGA